AUGGUCGUCGUCGUCACCUUGGACGAGAUUCUUGCCCAGGCCGCCGAGUCGGACGUCCGGGCAAAAGUUAGAGCUAUUUCCAAGCUUCGUGAAACAUUGGACACCCAUAUCGUUGCCGAUUACGCGAAGUUCUUGGCUGAGGCUCAUGCUCCGCUUAUUGACAUUUUGCAACAUACACCUCCAGCAUUCAUCAGCACGGCGCCUGAACAGAAACUUCGCUUGGGUGUAUUAAAAAUCAUUCAGAAGCUCCCUCAUAACGAGGUGUAUCGACCUUACGCCAGCGACGUUUUUCUUCGCUUUAUACAGAUUCUCCGUACAGAUAACGAGGAGAAUGCCAUCGUGUGUUUACAGACGAUCAUCGACUUUCAUCGUUCGUACAAGCAGCAUUUGGAAGAUCAUGUACAGUCGUUCCUGGACACGGUACAGGAUAUGUAUCGCAACAUGCCACAGGCUGUGAAGGAAGCCUUUGGCUCUGAUGGUGCAGCAACCGGACCCGCCACCCAAAGCAGCGUUACGGCAACUGCGCAAGGUUCGCCCAUGUCGCCUGCGUCUGUUGCUACUGAAUCGACAGAAAUGCCCGCAAAACCCCUUCUGAGAAGCAUGCAUAGCUUCAAGGUGCUCACCGAAUGUCCAAUUAUUGUUGUUUCAUUCUUUCAAUCGUAUCGGACAUCGGUUAAUCUGAAUCUCCCAACGAUGACGCCUUUGAUCAUCGAUAUGCUUGCUUUACAGGCUGCACCUCAGGCGGAGGCUCACAAGCAAGCACAAGCGCGUGGUCAGAUCUUCACAGGCGUUGCGCCCGCUGUUGGCAACAAGUCUCUCUUUGGCGAAUUUAUCCAUGCGCAAGUGAAGACCAUGUCAUUCCUCGCCUAUAUUUUGCGUGGAAACCCACCUGCUCUGCAAAAGUUUCGGGCCACCAUCCCGGACUACGUUGUUCGCCUAUUGACGGACUGCCCUUCGGACAUGUGGGCAGCAAGAAAGGAACUUCUUGUUGCGACGAGGCACAUCCUUUCUACUGAUUUCAAGGGUGCUUUCGUGAGCAAAAUUGACGUCCUCCUUGACGAACGCGUCCUGGUCAGCGAUGGCGUCACCGUCCAUGAGACGCUUCGACCACUGGCAUAUAGUAUGUUGGCCGAUCUGCUUCACAAUGUGAGAAGCGAAAUGACAGGUGCUCAGUUGCGGCGCACCCUUCGCGUAUAUGCGGACAAUCUGAGAGAUACUUCCCUCCCUCCUAGUAUCCAGAUGAUGUGUGCAAGGCUGCUUUUGAAUUUCAUUGAUCGCAUACUGAAAAUGCCUCAUCCUGAAGCUCGUCAGCUUCUUAUGUACAUUCUCAAUGCGUUCGCGGACAAGUUUGCCUCGCUGAACAAACAGCGUGCUACCUUUCUGCACCUUGAGCAGGCCGAGAAGGCAGGAAACGUGGGGAACGGUGGUGAUGUUGCUGUCGACGUUGACGAGAUCGACCCUGCGGGUAUGGAUCUGCAAUACCUGCGACCCAUUCGGGUUGCCGCAACAACGCAAAGCAUGGGCGACUUCUUAAAGGACGGUCGUCUUCUCUUCAAGAAUCUUGUUGGCGGUUUGCGAAGUUUGAUGUACGGCCUUAAAAACUGUAACCCACCACCCGCAAAUCCCACCGCCAGUAUGCAGGACUGGAAUGAGUUUGCCCGCGGUUUUAGUGCUGAAGAAGUGGAUGUACUUGUUCGGCUUUUCCGUGAAACUGCGGAGGGAUUUUCCUUCUUCUUGCCUGUCUCCGAUAAGGGGGGCAUUAUUCGUGCUGGUGAAAAGACAUCGCCGCUUGAAGCAACGCCUAAUGCCAUGCUUCCUACUACGCCUGAGGAAAAAGAGAUACUCGAAACGUUCACGACUGUCUUCAUUUAUUUGGAUUCGGCGGUAUUUCAAGAGGUUUUCGGCGCACAGUUGCCGGAAUUCUUUGAGCAGGUUCUCAAGAAUCCUUCGUUGUUGCAUGUUGCGCAGUUUUUCUUGGCAAACGAUGCCACCUCUUCGAAUUUUGCAGGGCUUCUGCUGCGAUUCCUGGUCGAUCGUCUCGAAGAUCUGGGAAGCUCAAAUGCCGCCCGGUCCAACAUCAUGUUGCGAAUGUUCAAGCUUGCAUUCAUGGCAGUCACUCUAUUUCCGGACGCCAAUGAAAUUUGUCUGCAACCACAUGUGAAUCAUAUUGUUGUGCAGUGCUUAAAACUAUCUGCAAAAGCACAUGAGCCGAUCAAUUACUUUCUCCUUUUGCGUGCAUUGUUCAGAAGCAUUGCUGGUGGAAGGUUCGAAUUAUUGUACAAGGAAGUACUUCCGCUUCUACAGAUGCUUUUGGAGUGUUUGAACACGUUGUUGCACGCCGCCAAAAAACCCCAGGAGCGUGACCUUUAUGUUGAACUGUGUCUUACUGUUCCGGUCCGCUUGAGCGGAUUGCUUCCUUGUUUAAGUUAUCUCAUGAGACCGCUCGUCAUUGCUCUACGCGCCGGACCCGAUCUUGUUAGUCAAGGCCUCAGAACGCUUGAGCUAUGCAUUGACAACCUAACGCAAGAGUUCCUUGAUCCCAUCAUUGCCCCAGUCAUUCAUGAUCUGAUGCAGGCACUCUGGGACCACUUGAAACCGCUUCCCCACAAUCACCAGCAUAGUCACACCACGCUGAGGAUUCUGGGCAAGUUGGGUGGACGCAAUCGGAGGUUCUUGAAUGAGCCACCGAAGUUGGGAUUUGUGGCUCAUCCGGAUGCGAGCCCGUCUGUUAAUCUCCAAUUCUACGGGGGUAAUGGAGCCAAGGCCUUCAACAUUAUGAGGUUUGUGGAUGUCGCAGUGCGUGCUUUGCACAAUUCAAAGACAGAUGUGGAGUAUAAGCAACAAGCAUUUCGCUUCUUGGGCUCUGCUGUUAAACUAUAUUUGCGCACGGAAGAGGUCCCAAUGGAUCUUGCAGCCUCCGUUCAAGCCAACGCUGAAGAGUUCAUACGUACCAUCGAGCUUGUGGGUUCUGGUAAUUUGGGACAAACAACUAAUGAAACAAAGUCAAGCAUGGAUGAUGAGGGAUCAGCGCGAAACUCAAAAUUAGUCGCUAAAAAGCUUGCUCAAGAGGACAACCUACGAACUCUUUUGCAUGGCUGCUUUCAAGCAGCUGUCCAUGACGAACUCCGAGCGGAUGCGCGGGACUUGAUCAUCAAUAUUUGCGAGCAUAUAGCUGUGACGGAGGUGCCUGAAGCCCUUGAGGAGCUCAGAUUACGGAAGCAGGGCUUCCUAUUGAAUCCUGAUAUAGAUGGUCCUUAUCUAAGCAACCGAGUCUUAGUGGAUGCGAUUGCAGACAGUCUUGCGUCUGAUUUCGUCGCCGUCCGUGAGUUGGCAGAAGAAGCUAUCGUUGUACUUUAUGAGUCUUGUCUGACCAUCCUGGGGUCUCCAGAGAAAGCCCGCAAGCUCCCGUUAUUUCAUCUGUUGUCAGCUCGAUUUUGUCACAGUUGUUUCAAGGAAGAUCACCAUGAGAAGUACGCAGGGUGCAAUGGAAUUCGCAUUCUCAGCCGCAGGAUUGAAUUGGGGAAAAAAUGGAUGGUGGAGCGGCAGUUGGAUUUUGUCCGGGCUCUGUUGUUUGCUCUCAAAGAUAUGCCUUCGGAGAUAGCAUCGUCUGUCCUUGACGAUGCUCAUGAGACGCUCACUUUCAUUGUCAGAACAUGCAACCAGACUGACGGCGAUGAAGACGCGACCGUCAAAGAUGGGCGAUUGGCAAAUCUUGUGUGUCUACUGAUUGUCGAUCUUUCCAAUUCCAAUUCCACGGUCCGUGAUGCCGUGAAGUCGUCGUUUAAACUGCUCGCGGAGCUCACUUUGAAGGAGCUGCACGAGCUGCUUGCACCGGUCCGAGAUAGGCUUCUAUCUCCUAUCUUUACCAAACCGUUGCGUGCAUUGCCCUUUGCCAUGCAGAUUGGGCAUAUCGAUGCGAUCACGUUUUGUUUGUCAUUGAAACCGACCUUCCUUGAGUUCAAUGAUGAACUCCUGCGAUUGUUGCAUGAGGCACUCGCCUUGGCGGACGCAGAAGAUGAGGCUCUGGUUACUGUGAGUGAGACAUCGCAGUAUAAGAAUGCGACGUCGCUGGUCAACUUGCGUGUCGUGUGCAUAAAGCUUCUCUCUAAAGCCAUGGCUUGCUCGGAUUUCUCGUCGCCCCAGCAAGCGCAGACGCGAGGACGCAUUAUCUCGGUCUUCUUCAAGAGCCUGUAUUCCAAAUCCAAUGAAGUCGUGGAUGUCGCGAACCAAGGAUUACGUCAAGUUUUGGCGCAGAAUAACAAAUUACCCAAAGAUCUUCUACAAGGAGGUCUUCGGCCAAUUCUUAUGAAUCUCUCGGAUCACAAAAGGUUGAAUGUGGCGGGCUUGGAAGGCCUUGCACGUCUCCUCGAGCUUCUGACCAAUUAUUUCAAAGUCGAAAUUGGUCGAAAGCUUCUUGAUCACUUGCGAGCUUGGGCGGACCCUCAAAUUCUCCACCAGGCUGCUGCCAGGGCUCUUAAUGAACACCAUGCAAUCAAGAUUAUAUCAGCAAUCCUUAACAUAUUUCAUUUGCUUCCGUCACCGGCAAGUAUGUUUUUGGAAGAGUUAGUUACGAUCGUCAUGGACCUCGAGGAGAAAAUGCGCCGUACGCAAUCUAGUCCGCUCCGUGCACCGUUACUCAAGUUUUUGAACCGGUACCCAACUGAGGCUUGGGCUUUCUUUUCGGUUAAACUCGGACAAGUAGGGUUCAGCCGCUUUUUCGUCCAAUUGCUCUUAGCUGAAGAGAGUGCGGCCCUCCGGUCUACAGUUAUGGACGACACUCCUACUUUGAUCCAGCGAGGUUUUGGAUUGAAUCAGCCAGAAGAUCAACCCGCCACGCCGCUUGUCGGUAUUCGCAUCGUUCAGGCUCUAUGCCGCUUCCAGAGCACGUAUAUUAGCCAACACACCGAUGUCAUAAAUGUGCUCUUGCGUGCGAGCAAGGUAUUAGCCGCGAUGGAUGAAGAAAGUGCAUCAGUCCUGACAACUGGGCAAGGCCUGGACGCUCUGAUUGACACCUUCAUAUUCUACUUGAAAGAACAAGAAGACAAUCUCGACGUCUUCUUUAGUCUUUUCGAAGUUCUAGCAUCCAAAAAGGGGCUGAUGACACACACGUUUGAGGACUACAUUAUGACUGGUAUUAUUCGGAAUCGGUCAUCAGCGUACCGCCGCAGCGUCAUCGCACGCUGUCUGGAUCUCUAUCAGAAAGCUGAUGUUCCCUCCCGCCUGAAGAGUACUAUAUUCCAGAAGCUCGCCAACCCCAUCUUAAUCGCGGGGUACAAGGGGCCUUCCUCAGAGGAAAGGCUUCUUGAUAAAGACAUGGCUGAUAUGAUGCACUUGAAGAUAUGGAAGGCAACCCUUGCCGAUGAAUCGCUUUCUUCAGACCAUCUUUUGCGGAUUGAGCUCCUCCAAAUGACGGCCUUGCUUCUUAAAUACGAUCAUGUCCUUUUCGCUGAGCAUCGGAAAGACAUUAUCAAGUUUGCGUGGAAUUUCAUAAAAGUCGACGAUAUCACGAGUAAACAAGCCGCAUAUGUGCUUAUUGCAUACUUCAUAGCAGCUUACGAGACUCCGGCGAAUAUUGUGCUGCAGAUAUAUGUGGCGUUGUUACGGGCUCAUCAGCAGGAAUCACGGGUCUUGGUCAAACAAGCUUUAGACAUCAUUGCCCCGGUUCUGUCCCUCAGGGUGCCGCCCACGCCAGAGUCACGCUACCCGCAAUGGGCUAAAUGGCCCCGCCGUGUCAUCGCCGAGGAAGCGUCAAACAUCCCUCAGUUGAUGAUUCACGUCUAUCAGUUCCUUGUCGGGCAUGGAGAUGUCUUUUAUGAAUACAGGGAUCAUCUCAUGUCGCAGCUUGCGAACGCCUUGUCAAAGCUAGGUCUGCAGUCAAGCGCUACUCCGGAAACAAAGACUCUGUCGUUAGAUAUCAUUGAUCUCAUCCUGCGAUGGGAAAGUCGUGUCUCGAUGGACUCUGCUGAUAUUGGAGAACCUGGAGGUCGUGAUGGCGAGAAGACUAUCUUGGGUAAAAAGAAACUGGGCGACGCUAUGGACGUUGAUCAAAGCUCUCAAAGCACCACUCAGAUGAGCAGUUAUAUUUCUCCUGUCCUUCGUGAUCGUGUCAUUGAGUAUUUGCUUCGCUUUAUAUGUGCUUGCCCUGAUCAAGGUUCAAAGGGACCACUUUCAACUCGGGCUAGCAAACAACUCGAAACCUUGUUGAGCGGAGAGUUCUGGCGUGAUGCUGCUAUUGAGCUUUCUGUCUUCGAAAAGAAUCUUGUCACGAACGAUGUCACUGAAGCAACCAUUCCGGGAUACGUCAAUGCAUUGGGAGCGCUUGGCGUCGUCCUAGACCAUUUGCCUGACUCAAAAAUUCUAGAAGACGUCUUGUCUCUUCAACAGCUUCUGGAUAAGGGCCUUCGAAGCGAUGCCGCUGCCAUCCAGGAGCAUAUGCAGCCCAUUGUGGCACGCAUUCUUCGUGCAAUUCCCAAGCCUGCAGAUGACGAAGACGAGCCAUCUGCAAAUCUUGAGUUUCGCGCGGCGAUUGUGUCCAUCAUUCAAGAGAACGUCCAAAAUCUGGUCAAUCUCAGUGGUGCUAUCAUGCUAGCUUGGACGUUGUGUCAAGACUGGCCUGACACGCUCGAUCCUUUGAUCCCUGGUUUGCUGAAAGCGUUCCAGAAACUGGCCAAAGAUCACAUUUCACCUCCACAACUUCCUCAGGCCCCUCCUGCCGCUGCUCCCACGGGAGGUGUAGCUGAACAAGUCGCGGCUGCCCCCACUGUUAUGGAUUCCGAGAACAUCAUCGUAUCGCUCGGAAGAAUUGUUGACUUCCUUCGCCUCCGCAUAUCUCAUCUUGGAGAUCAACGACGAUGGUUCUUGAGUGCUUUGGUACAACUCAUAGAGAAAUCUCCGAAUGCCGAGUUGUGUUCGAAAAUCUUGGAAGUUGUUCGAGAAUGGGUCCUGGGCAAGAAUGAAUCAUUUCCUACUGUGAAAGAAAAGACUGCGGUGCUAUUGAAAAUGAUGACCUUCGAUAGUCGCGGGGAUCCGGCACUGGUGAAUAGGUUCUUGCACUUGCUCAUCGACAUAUAUCAAGACCCAACUAUUGCCCGCACGGAACUAACUGUCCGCCUCGAGCAGGCCUUUUUCAUGGGCACGAAAGCUGAUGACUACACCAUCAGAAAUAAGUUUAUGGAAGUGUUUGACAACAGCAUGUCCCGCAAUGUAUUCACGCGACUGAACUACAUUCUUGGAGUGCAGAACUGGGAAUUCCUCGCGAAUAACUUCUGGUUGCAUCAGGCAAGUCAAGUUUUGGUGGGCUCCGUGAUUGCCGACGCUCCGCUGGAAUUCCAAGAUGGCGAUCGAUGUUUGCGCCCCUUAACAGCGUUGAGCAUUUGGUCAGGCUUCGAUGAUAUGGAAAUCACGGCCAAUGAUAAACUGGAAUCAUUCAUUGCUCGUCGGCGAGAGUUUAUCGAAAACGAUACGCGAGUGCAGGCUGGUGAUGUGGUUGUAUCGCUGGCUCAGCUUCAGCAUCUUGAAGUCAUCACUGGGCAUCGCUUGUGGAUAGAGCUCUUUCCCCUCGGAUGCUCUGCUGUUAGCAAAAAAGAUCGCCAGGAAUUGUCCAGGUCUGUCAUUGCCCUUUUGGCUAAGGAAUACCACAGUAAGCAAUUGGAGAAGCGGCCAAACGUGAUACGAACUCUGCUUGAAGGUAUUGCGCGGGCUUCCCCCUCGUUACCUUUGCCCCCACAUCUUGUGAAGUAUCUUGGGAAGUCAUACGAUAGUUGGUAUGUUGCCUUGACGUUGUUGGAAGAAGCGUCAACUACUCGCGUUUCAGGUGGUGACAAUCCUGUUCAUGAGAGCACAUUGGAUGCCCUGGCAGAAACGUACGCUCUUCUUUGUGAGGACGACAUGUUUUAUGGUUUGUGGAGACGAAGGUGUCAAUACCUUGAGACUAAUGCCGCGAUCUCCUAUGAACAAAACGGUAUGUGGGAUAAGGCGCAACAUAUGUAUGAGACGGCACAGAUCAAAGCCCGUACCGGCGUUCUUCCCUUCUCAGAAUCGGAGUACAGCUUGUGGGAAGAUCAUUGGAUUUUGUGUGCCCAGAAGCUCCAGCAAUGGGAUAUCCUCACGGAUCUUUCGAAGCACGAAGGGUACUCUGACCUCUUGCUUGAGUGUGCAUGGCGCGUAACCGAUUGGACUGCGGAUCGCGAGCCCUUGGAGGCUUCCAUCAAAACUCUCAUGGACACUCCGACACCGAGACGCUAUACGUUUGAGGCAUUCAUGGCUCUUCAGAAGGCUCAGUUGAAACUGGAGCCCAUCCAGGAAUUCUCCAGGCUCACUCUACGGAAAUGGCACAGUUUGCCUUCGACAGUCACUCAAGCCCACAUACCUUUACUGCAAGCUUUUCAACAGUUUGUAGAGUUGCAGGAGGCGAGUCAGAUCUACGCAAGCUUAGCAUCCACACAUGCACAGAACCUCGACAGCAAAUCACAGGAACUAAAGGGCAUUCUGACAACAUGGAGGGAGCGACUUCCCAACAUGUGGGACGACAUCAAUGCAUGGAGUGAUCUUGUGGCAUGGCGGCAGCUUAUUUUUGCUGCCAUUAACCGCGUGUACCUUCCACUGGUCCCUGCCUUGCAGCAGCAAAGUGCAACGGGAGCAGCGAACUCCAGCGCCAAUUCCUUCGCAUACCGAGGCUACCAUGAAACAGCUUGGAUCAUCAAUCGCUUUGCUCACGUCGCUCGCAAGCAUCAAUUGCCUGAAGUAUGUAUCAAUCAGCUGACUAAGAUUUACACUUUGCCGAAUAUCGAGAUUCAAGAGGCAUUCCUGAAGUUGCGGGAACAAGCGAAGUGUCAUUACCAGAAUCCUAACGAACUGAAUACGGGUUUGGAGGUCAUCAGCAAUACAAACCUCAUGUAUUUCAAUACGCAACAGAAGGCAGAGUUCUUUACUCUCAAAGGAAUGUUCCUCGCAAAACUUCGUCUCAAUGACGAGGCGAACCAGGCAUUCGCAACAGCCGUACAAAUUGAUUUGACGCUCGCUAAGGCCUGGGCUGAAUGGGGUUUCUACAAUGACCGUCUCUUCAAGGAGAAUCCUCGUGAUUUGAAUUCUGCUUGCAAUGCUGUGUCUUGCUACCUGCAAGCCGCCGGUUUGUACAAGAAUGGAAAAGCCAGAAAGGUGCUCAGUCGAAUUCUCUGGUUGCUUAGUUUGGAUGAUGCGCAGGGAACUAUAUCUCGUGCGUUUGACUCAUAUAAGGGUGAAGUUCCCGUUUGGUAUUGGACGACCUUCAUUCCUCAGCUUCUUACGUCCCUGUCUCACAAAGAGGCCCGGCAUGCCAGACAAAUUCUGGUUAAGAUUGCUAAGAGUUAUCCGCAAGCGCUCCAUUUCCAGCUUCGUACAACUAAGGAGGACUAUACUGUCAUCAAACGCCAGGCCUUGGCUGCUGCCGCGCAAUCUGUGUCUACCCGAGCUGGCGCUGGUGUCAAACCGCCACAACCUGCUCAAGCUGAAGGCCAAAGUUCUGCGGGUAACGGUACUGAUACAACAACUAACACGACCAGCGCUCACCUGGCUCAGACGCCUGCUGCUCCAGGCGAAGUCAAGACCGAGAAUGGCACUGCCACGCCUAGGCAGUCUGCUGCUGUGAAGCCUGCAUCACCGGCCGUGGCGAGUCCGCAAGUGCAUAACAGACAACCUUGGGAGCACGUUGAUGACAUUAUGUCGAUCCUCAAGACGGCCUACCCCCUGUUGGCACUAUCCAUGGAGACCAUGGUGGAUCAGAUUCAGCAACGUUUCAAGUGUCCGCCAGAUGAGGAUGCGUAUAGGUUGAUCGUGGCCUUGCUAAACGAUGGUGUUCAGUAUAUUGGUCGGCUGUCUUCACCGAGUGAAGAUACAAAGCUGCCCCCGGCCACAGAGGCAAAUAUCUCUCGCUUUGCUGAAAGUGUUUUGCCCAAGCACAUCAAGUCUGCUUUUGAAGAUGACUUUCUCAAAGAGAAGCCCAACUUGCAAAGCUAUGUGGCCAAGCUUCGACACUGGCGAGAUAGGUUUGAGGCGGUGCUUGAUAGGCGUCCACAUCAGCAGAAUCUGGAGCAAUGCAGCACGUUCCUUACCGAAUUUCAAUAUCAGAAGUUCGAUGAAGUGGAGGUUCCGGGUCAGUACCUGCUGCAUAAAGACAACAACAACAACUUUGUGCGUAUUGACAGAUUCCUGCCUACGCUUGACGUAGUGCGCGGACACGGAGUGUGUCAUAGGCGACUCACUAUUCGUGGGCACGAUGGCAGUCUGCAUCCCUUUGCUGUGCAAUAUCCAGCUGCAAGGCAUUGUAGGCGGGAGGAACGUAUUUUUCAGCUGUUCCGCAUCCUGAACGGCGUUUUGUCGCGACGGAAGGAAAGCCGAAGACGUAAUCUUACUUUCAACUUGCCUGUUGCUAUUCCUCUAGCACCUCAUAUUCGUAUCGUGCAGGACGACCCAUCUUAUGUUUCGCUGCAAGGCGUGUACGAGGAGUACUGCGAUCGCGUUGGUCUACACAAGGACGACCCUUUGAGAUACUUUGCGGAAAAGCUCAGAGCAGCCUAUGACCCCAAGCAUCAGCGAGCGGACUUGACCAGUAUCAAGUUGGAGGUUUUGGAAGCAAUUCAGUCAAAGAUGAUCCCGGAUACUAUUCUUUAUGAGUUCUUCAAGCGUACUUUCCCUUCUUUCUCGGACUUCUGGCUGUUCCGGAAACAAUUCACGGCGCAAUAUGCCAGCCUAACCUUUAUGACGUAUGUCAUGUGUAUCAACAACCGGUUCCCGCACAAAUUGUUCUUUUCGAGGUCAACGGGCAACAUUUGGGCCACGGAGUUACUACCAGGCAGUUCAGCAAUGGCACCAAACAGCCCUGUCUUUCAUAACGGGGAAGCCGUUCCGUUCCGUUUCACGCCGAACAUUCAAAAGUUCAUCGGUCCUAUCGGUAUCGAGGGUAUCUUCUCGUGCGCUGUUAUGGCUAUCGCACGCUGCCUUACGGAACCGGAGUUCGAGUUAGACUUGUAUCUGAGCGUAUUCGUCAGGGAUGAGCUUAUCACAUGGUUUACCCAGCAGCAUCGUCCCGUUGCGCAGGAUGCGCAGCUUAGGGAGAAGGUUGCUACGAACGUCGAUCUUAUCGUUCGAAGGGCCUCAUCGCUUUCGCAUGUAGCGCAGGGUAACAUUCCUGCCAACCAGACGAUCAUAGAUCUCAUCUCUCAGGCCGUGAAUCCUCGGUCUUUGGCGAGUAUGGACUCUCUUUUCAUGUCGUGGUUGUAGGGGAGUAGAACCAUAUUGCGAGUUUCUUGAUGGGUUUCUUUUUACUUUGU